AUGGCAUCCUAUCAACAUAAGAGUGGUGCUCAGAAACGUAAACAGAAAAGGGAAGACAGUUUGAGAACUUCCAAACUUCCAAAAAUAAGCAGCUACUUUUCCACUCCUACACCUGCUAGUGUUCCUCCUGUACAGAGUAACACUGAAAGUGAAAUGUCUGUGGAAAGUGCUGUUGAUGUCAGAGAGGUGGAAAGUGCUGUUGAUGUCCGAGAGGUGGAAAUCAGCGAGUGCACUUACUCCAGUUCUUUAGAUGUAGCAGGUGACGAGAAUCCCGAUGAAGGUAGUAGCACAAGUCUACCAACUAAAGAAAUAGUAGAGUCAACAGAAAGCACCAAAUCAGGUGAUGAUUUUGAAUUGUUGAAAUCUACAGAGGUUUCUAUAGAAAGUAUUGUGGGAGAGAAACAUGUUACUGAUAGGGGACAUUACCCUAUUACAAUAAUGGAUUCCAAUAUCAAAAGAUUUAUAAUAGCUCGUGGCCCGUGCCGACCUCCAGGACCUUUUCCACGAGAUGAUGAGAGAAGGUGCUUUUCUGAAAGCUAUUAUGUACAAGUUACAAAAACAGGCCUUAAGAUCCCUGUGAUGUGGCUAUGCUACUCACCUAAACUUAACGUAGCCUACUGUGAACCAUGCUGGCUGUUUGGGGACCGCAAAAAGACAGGAUUUGAACCUGCAUGGGCCAAAGGAAUACAGAAAUGGCAAAGGCUUUCUGCAAGAAUUCAGGUUCAUGAGUCUUCCAAAACUCAUAUAGAAGCCUGUGUAGUGUAUGAACAGUGGAGGAAGAACAAAACAAUAGAUGAGGAAAAUGAAAAGCAAAUUAGACAGGAAAAAAACUACUGGAGACAAGUAUUACAUAGGAUUGUCAAUGUAACAUUAACAAUGUCAAUGGCUAAUCUUUCCUUCCGUGGUCAUAGAGAAAAACUUGGCGAGGUAAACAAUGGGAAUUUUCUCUCCAUUAUAGAGCUGCUCGCGGAGUAUGACCCUGUUCUAAAGCAACUCCUCCAGUUACCCCAAAAAUCUGUAAGAUACUUGAGUCCUAGAAUCCAAAAUGAAAUUAUAGACAUACUUUCAAAUAAGGUCCGGAACAUCAUUGUGUCUGAAAUAAAACAGGCACCUUUUUUUUCUAUUAUAAUGGAUACUACACAGGAUAUAUCAAAAGUGGACCAAAUGAGUCAAAUAAUAAGAUAUGUUUCUGUGGAAAGAGAUGAAAGCCAGAGAGCAACUAGUGUGGAGAUCAAAGAGGUUUUCCUAGGGUUUCAUGCCGUUGAGGACCAGAGUGCUGCAGGCCUUGAACAUGACAUUGUCUCGUGCAUAGAGAGCAACGGCCUCAAUAUAACAAAAUGUCGUGGCCAGGGGUAUGAUGGGGCAGCGACAAUGAGUGGGGUGUAUUCUGGUGUUCAGGCUCGAAUUGCACAAAGAGAAAAAAAUGCCUUGUAUGUACAUUGUGCAGCUCACAAUCUCAACCUGGUACUUCAGGAUGCUGUUGGGAACAUACCAGAAAUUUCGAGUUUUUUUGAAGUGGUCCAGGAAUUGUAUGUUUUUUUUGGGGAAAGCAUACGCAGAUGGAACAUUCUUUCAUCAUUCUCUACAGAGUCCUCAAUUACAUUAAAAAAACUUUGCCCCACUCGAUGGUCAUCUCGCCAUGAUUCACUGCUUGCUCUACGCUUUCGUUUUGUGGACAUUAUGCAAGCUUUAACAAAAAUAAACUUGAUGUCAUCCAAGCCAAAAGAAAGGGAUGAUGCUGCUCGCCUUAGAAAAAAAUUAGGAUCUUUUCAAUUUGUUUGUCUCGUUGUCCUGCAAAGCAAGAUUUUUGACACCAUAAAUGUGGUUUCAAAAUUGUUGCAGUCAAAAAAUAUAGAUUUAUCCAGUGCAGCACACCUUAUACAAAAGGCAGCUCAAGUCCUUUCAAAAUAUAGGGAUAACUUUGAUGGAGCAAAACAAACAGCGGUAGAACUGGCAGAAAAGUGGAGCAUCCAGCCGCAGUUUGAAAACAAGAGAGCAAGAAAAGUGAAGCGUCACUUUGAUGAACUUUCAAUAGAUGAAAGGUUGCAGGAUCCAGAACAAUACUUUAAAACCGGUGUGUUUUAUAGGUGUUUAGACAAAUUUGUGACCAACCAGCUGUCUAACCGAUUUGCUGGAAUGAGCAAUGUCAUGCAGCGAUUUCAUAUACUACAGCCUACAGUACUUGCCUCUGAAACCGAUGAUGAUUUGUUCAAAGCUGCUUCACAGCUACAGGAAUGCUACCCAGAGGACAUGUCACCAGCUUUCCCAGAACAGCUUCUGAGCUUCCGAUCAACAUUUCAGGAAGAGAUUCGUAGAUGCUCCACUGUAAAGGACCUUUCUCACCUUCUAAUUGUUGAAAAUUGUGCCUUGUCAUCCAAUCUACAAGAUGUGUGCAUAGCGUUGCUGCUGUUCCUCACCAUUCCAGUUACAGUUGCAAGUGCAGAAAGGUCCUUUUCAAAAUUAAAGUUUAUAAAAAAUUACUUGAGAAGCACCAUGUCCCAACAGAGACUUUCUGGCCUGGCUCUGUUAAGUAUUGAAAAUCAGAGAGCUAGAAGACUUAACAUUGAAGCCAUUGUGGACAACUUUGCUGAAAUGAAAGCACGGCAGCGUCCGUUUUAA